AUGGCGUCUCGAUUUGAUUUCGUGCUCUACGACGAAGACCUAAUCGCAUCGCGACCUCUCAUCGGGAUCCCCGCACUAUAUGGAGUCACCGACGACGAAGAAACCAACGAUGAAGACGAAGACGAUGAAGAGUACGUUCCCGGUGUGGCGUCCCCUAGGGCUUCGCACGACGCUCCUCGUGUCGUUUCAUCCAAUAACGUAAUCGUUAUCCCCGACGAAUCGCAGGAUUGCGAGGUUAACAAACGCCGCAGAAUUGAAGGAGGGGAUGCUUCUUGUUCCUUAGCGAUUGGGAGCAGUGACAGUAGCCAAGGAAACGAACACACCGAUAUUGACGGUCUUUUUUGCCCUAUUUGCAUGGAUGUUUGGACCAACGACGGCGAACAUCAUAUCUGGUGCAACCGCAUUUCCCAUGCCCUAUAUUACACACACUACCGCACGCACGCACUAUGUGAUGUGAGGAAACUCUUUGCUUCCCGAGUAGUUGCGGUGGAAGAAAAAUCUCAGAAGAAAAUUCGGUCACUCGAGGUCAAAUGUGCUGCCCUUGAAAGUAAGGGAAGUGAUUGGCACAAGAAAGAAGCCGGAUGGAAGUGUAGGGAAGCUGACUUGCGUUUUCAAGUUCAGAAGCUUACAGAGAGCAGGCAAUCUGCAUUGAUAAGUGGCAAUCAAAACACUCAGUGGAGAUGUGAAUCUGAGCACAACUUUGUCCCAAAGUACUGUGGAAAGAGAUCCAUUUGUAAUUUUGAAUUGCAGAAUGAGUUUCAUCUGGAUGGUGCACACAUUUUUGAUAUGGACAUUUCUAAUCAAAUUUUAUUAAUUGCACAAAGGCCAAAGGAAGUAGGUGGAGUGCAUUUGCUAACUAAAAUGAGCUUGUUGUCUCCAUGUGAGAUGCAAGAUAUCUUACUGCCUUCUGCUACAAAUGGUGUUAAGGACCUGCAUAUUUCUUCUUCUAAAAGUAGCCUGGCUCUUUUUGCUUCAUUAGGAAAGAAACUAUCAGUGCUCAGCUUGGACAGUGGCAACGUUGUUAUCAAUUAUGAUCUACAGGAUCCUGCAUGGUCUUGUUCGUGGGAUCUCAACAAUUCGCAUAACAUAUAUGCUGGACUACAGAAUGGUUCUGUGUUGGUGUUUGACAUGCGUCAAACUGUAGGACCCAUGAAAUCUUUAGUUGGUUUGACUAACAACCCUGUGCAUACUGUACAUUCUCUUGCACAAACUUCAGGUCUUUCUUCGGGUGUUGGAACGAUCCUUUCAGCAUCUGCCAUUGGCCUUUCUCAGUGGAACAUUGAAUCUGAAGAACGGCCGCUUGUGGUUCCUGAAACUAACAAUCAAGGAGUUUGCAUAUCCCUUGCCUAUUGCCCUAGCAGUGAUGACAUUGUUGCUUCUUACCGGCCCACAUUCAAUAUGUCCACGGAUGUGCCUCUAUCUCAACCAUUGUCCACUCCUCUUAGUGCUGGACAAGGAGUACAGGGGACUCAUGUCUUGUUCAAUAGAAUGGGUAGUCAUCAUUUUCAAAAGGUGGGUUCCUCAUAUGCCAAUGUAAGUAAAAUUCGACUACCAAAAUGUGUAAUUAUGGACAUAGAGAAUCAGAGCAGAUUGUUUGCAUCUUGGGAUGAAGUUACAUGUGAUUUGGUCUUGCAUGAGUUGCCAUCUUUUAGAGUUCUUCAGCAAUUCAAAUUGCCAGCUCAUGCCCGUGAUAUUAGGUACUCACCUAGCCACGGCAUACUUGGUUGUUUAAGUGAGAGCACGUUGCAACUCUUCCAUUCCAAACACUCGUCGGUAAGGUAA